CCCCGGGCAUUAGGGGAUCAUGGGGCCCCUGUGUCCUUGCCCAAACUCAAAAAAGCCUAUGAAAAAGGUACCAGGGGCAUCUCAUGGGGCCCCCUACUGACCCCGGGCCCUCGGGCGGUGCCUGAGUUUCCAAAUGGUCAGUCCACCCCUGGCUGAGAAUAUUACAUACAGUUGCAAGAAAAAGUAUGUGAACCCCUUGGGAUUACGUGGAGUUUUGCAUGAAUUGGGCAUAAAAUGUGCUCUGAACGUCAUCUAAGUCACAACAAUAGAAGAACACAGUCUGCUGAACAUAAUACUACACAAACAUUAGAUGUUGCCCUUUUUAUUUUUUCAAAUUUU